AUGAUUUGUCAUGAUCCUGAACACUGCAAGCCUGAUUCCUUGAAUGUCAACUAUACAAUUGGUGACUGUCAUGAUGUCAUAUGUACUUCGACUGGAUUCAAAGUGAACGUUGGAAAAAAUUGCUCCACUACGUUAUCAGCCAGUCAUCUUCCUGGUACAUUUGAAUUAAUACAGUUCCAUGCGCAUUGGAGCAAUGAUGGUUCAUGUGGCUCAGAGCAUCUCCUCAACGGUAAAGCAAUGAGCGGUGAGGUUCAUUUCGUUUUUUGGAAUACUAAGUAUAACUCGUUCUCUAUGGCUGCCGAGAAGGAAGAUGGAUUAGCCGUGAUUGGCGUUUUCAUUAAGGAAGGAGCACAUUCCACUAGUUAUGCUCCACUAUUUGACGUCAUCCAGAAAGCAAUCGGUUCAACGACGCCAAUCCUAAUGCCAAAGGAGUUUGUUCUUGAUCAGCUUUUGCCGCCUUCUGAUAAACGUGAUUAUGUCACAUAUCUUGGUUCACUUACCACACCGCCAUACUCGGAAUCAGUUAUAUGGACCGUUCUCACUACUCCAGUUGAGGUAUCAAAUGACCAGGUAGGUCCAGCAUUCACUCAUCUCAAAAGAUCUCGGAGCUGUGUUAUGGGUUUAAUCGAUCGACUGAAUAUCCUUCGAAAAAUCGUCUCGGAAAAUUAUCGAGAAUGUCAACAACUCUGCGAACGAACAAUACGGGCGUCAAUCGCGAAGGUUUAG